AGGCGGCCUGUGGAAGUACGGGAGGUCUUCCAAGUACUUAUUGCAGGCCACCGAGGACCCGGCUGGCGGGUACUUCUUCUGUGAGAUGCACGCCGACGGCGGCAUUGCGAAGGGUGUCCUCCUGCCGGAGGGCGAUUGGGUGCAGGGCAGCCUCGACAAGGGAGGUCAGAACUUGGGCUUCAUCCGCCUGAGGCUCUCGGGCCCCGGGGAGGCAAUCUCGAACCUCAAGAAGACAGAGGCAGGUCGCUGGGGGAAGGACGUGGUCGCUAUCAAGCAGGCACGCAGGCGACCCUCCGACCCCGUGGCGCUGGAGCCCGCGCCGCCGCCGCCGGCCUCCACCUCGGAGCAGCGCACGACCGGCGACAGCACAGGGAAGGCUCGGCGGCGCGACGAUCCCCUGGCAUCUAAGCCGGGCUAUUCAAAAAUAGUGAAAAAAUAGUCUGG